UAAGAUCCGGGUACCUGGAUUCGUUUGUUUCCCUGGCGAUUACACAAGGACAGUCGACUCCGCGUCAUUUCUCUCAUGGCAGCCGCGACGGCUACGCGCCCAGGAGAAAAGGAGCGACAUGAGCGUAAAUCUAGUCAAGACGGCUCACCAAGCAAAGGAAAAGUGGUAGCCGAAGGUUUCACGAUGAAAUCGCGCAUGAAGAACGCGUCGUUGACCGGACCGCCGGUUGCUGGCGCUUUCAAGCAAAGACCCGCCAAGCCUACCGACUUCCGAAAGUUCUACGAGCGCGGCGACUUUCCUAUCGCUCUAGAGCACGACACGAAAGGCAACAAGAUUGCAUGGAAGGUUGAGAUUGAGAAGUUGGACUACCACAACUACCUGCCUCUCUUCUUUGAUGGAUUGUGUGAGACGGUUCAUCCGUAUGAGUUCUUUGCUCGUCAAGGUGUUCAUGACAUGAUGGAACAUGGUGGAGGUGCAAAGAUAUUACCAGUUAUACCACAACUCAUUAUUCCAAUCAAAAAUGCGUUGAAUACACGGAAUCAUCAUGUUGUCUGCACAACGCUCAAAGUCCUUCAACAUCUUGUCACAUCUGGUGAAAUGGUCGGUGAGGCACUUGUUCCUUACUAUCGUCAGAUUCUUCCUAUACUAAACAUUUUCAAGAACAAGAACCUGAAUUCUGGAGACGGCAUCGAUUACAGUCAGCAGAAACGAGAAAACGUUGGUGACCUGAUCCAGGAAACUCUAGAAGCAUUUGAGAAACACGGUGGUCCUGAUGCAUUUAUCAAUAUCAAGUACAUGGUGCCAACGUAUGAGUCGUGCUUACUCAACUAAUACGUUGAUGUUUGGCUGUUAAGUAGUGCACUCGUAUUGUAAGAUGUUAGGAGUGGAAUGGAGCAGGGUUUAAUAUCUUAUAGUCACCACAUCAAUUGUAUAUGUUGACACUGUUGUAUUAGAGGUGGGGUAAUGGUACUUUGUGACGUGCUCUGCUCACAUCUUGGAAGUAAUCACCGCGUUGAUGACCAGCAGGACAUACCUGCUCUGUGUGGAAUAAAAUGGCAUAUUAUAUGCA